AUGCCGGAAUCUCCUCCAAUAUUCUCCCUCCUACAAUCGUCGUCGUCUCCAAUACAGCCCUCCCUGGAUGUCAUCCUCAAGGAACAGUUUGAGCGCUGUCGGCAGGCGGGCAGUAUCCUUCGCAAUGAUCCUCUGGACUCGGACGUUCUUCGGAAGAGCCUUCCUGGGACAUUGGGAUUGAUUUCGGAAUUCGAGCCGAGUCUAUUUGGACACAAACGACCUGCUACAGUCUCUAGCCAUGAUAUGGACGAGCCCUUUAACGCCGACAAGUUUCACUUCAACAAGGUUGGCCCAGAAGAAGUAUUGGUGUUGAUUCAUUUUCAAGAACAAGAAGAAACGACUCAUCAUCCCAUCUUGGUCAAUGUGUCUCCUCUCAUGUACGGACAUGGUCUGCUAAUUCCAUGGGGGGACGAAGGACUACCACAACAACUUAUACCAAAAGCAGUGACGUUGGCCAUCCAAGUCCUGCAAGUAUCAGCUAGCAACUGUGAAUUUUGCAUUGGAUUCAACAGUCUGGGAGCCUUUUCCAGUGUCAACCAUCUGCAUCUGCAUGUGCUGUUUCCUAGUGAAUUGGACCAUGAGGCUCGCCUGGGAGGAGAGGAUCCGCUGAUGGGCGGACGCAAAGAUUUUCCGAUUGCCUACGCGCCUAUCGAAAUGACAGUCACUCGCGGCUAUGAAGACUGCCAAGUGGAUCUAUUGGAUUGGAUGAUUCCCUGUUUUUCCUUUCGACAAUGCACUACAUUACAAGCAGCAGUUUCGCGCUUUGUUCGCUUCCUACACACGCAACAGAUACCUCACAAUGUCCUGUUUCUAAAGGAGGAUUCCUCCACUCGUGUGGUGGUCAUUCCACGACAACCGCAACAUCACUUUGAUGCCAAUAAGCAUGGGUUUAAUGCCGCACUGGGGGAAAUCAGCGGUAUGCUUAUUGCCAAGACACGACAUCAGUUUGAGGCGUUCGAAGAAGCACGAGUACGGCAGAUAAUGGUAAAGCAUGUAGCCUGUGAAGAAGGCAUCCUGACCAAAAUUUUGAACGAGUUGAGGGGAGUAUCUGCCUGA